AUGUUGACUAAAUCAGGAGGAGUGGAGGCCAAGUUGGAGGCUCUCCAGAGCAAGUUGGAAGCCAUGCAUGCAGACAUCAAAAAAAUUGUUCCCCAUAGUGUUUCGUUCCUCAACGAAGACAACUCUGUCACUCGUUCCACGCCUGUUCAAUCGUUCACAAAUGGUACUGCGGUUAUGGAAAUGCCAACGAUACCCAUCGGGCGUGGAUCGCGCUUAAAUGCAGCAAGCCCUGCCGCUGAAGCAUCCCCAAACACCACUCCGUCUUCUUUUUUUCUUCCAGUUAUAUCAGGGGGAGGAUCACCGAAACGCGUUGGUUUUCAAGAAAAAGGGCAUGGGGCGGAGACAACAAAUUCAUUAAAUACUCGUCGCAAGGCGGAAGCAGCAAGGCAGAAGUUGCAAGAGUUUGUAAAGCCAAUGAUAUUGUCUCCAGGUGAAGAAAAUGUUGCGGAGCUGCGCAGUGCCCCUUGCGCGUGGUUGUUGAGCAUUGCGCUUGCAUGCAGUUACGUUUCUGGUGAAAGUAUCACCAUUGAAGACAUCCUUCGACAAAACCGUCUUGGGCUUCACUACGUUUCUUUUCCCUCCGUGACCCUUGCCGAGCUUUUUGAUGUCACAAAUGAGUUUCUGACAGACCACCCCAAGCUACGGGAGAUGAGGGUACAUUGUGAGGUGGCAACAUUUGACUCCGAGACGGUGGAGGAGCUGGGGGAAGUGAUGGGCACGGGAGAACGCCUGCCCAUCAUGACACUUUCUCAGUUUCGUAAAGACCUCUCCAACUGCGAUCCUCAUUCCAUCUGCGUUCUUAAUUUUGACCCGUAUCUGAUUGAACAGCACGAAAUACGGAUGCGGCUUAAUUACAUGGAGUUAAAUGAGACAGAUUAUCCGAUGGAGACAAUUGUUCCACGGUGGCCGGCAAAAAAUCAAGGAACGUUUGGUUUGAUUCUCAACUUCAGUCCUGCGUUGCACACUGUUACUGUGGGGACACCGAUCCUAUUGGAAAAUGGCCGUAUUGUGAUUCAAGAACACACGGUCCCUGUACAAGUUCUUUACAAGGCACUUUGCGUCAAGGAUAAUUACUGUAAUCGUUCUCGUGGAUUUGUGCGUGUAUUUAUAAGUGAUCAACCUGUUGAAAAGGUACCAUCUAUAUUUCCUCUAAACGUUCUUGACGGCUCGCUUACUGGCGGUUUGCUAACGACUGCACUUGAUACAUCGAUUUCUCCCCAUAUUCUUGGACUGUCAAUCAUGCAUCACCUCGUGACCAACGUUCUCCUUGACGACACAGAGCAACGGCGACAAAAUGCCACUAAUUUUUGUGAUGUGAUGUUACGAGGUAUUCCGGUUACUCUGGUUUGUCAACAACUCGGCCUAGGUAUUGCGACAAUUGUUGGGGGAAGUAACAAGGCUUCCGUCCCUUCUGCCUUUAGCUGGUAUCGCGUCCUCUUGAAGAAACUAAAAAUCGAGGAUGCCAUUGCACUGGGGAUUGUACUUGUAGAACGUCGUGGUGGGGCUGAAGAUGGACCUGUAAACAUUUCGGAUGAUACGUUUAUGAGGCAUAUUGAGCUUGCCGUGGAAAGUGGCAGUGUGAUGCUUAUGGGAUUUGAUGUAAAUGUCGCCCUCAACGUCAAGGUGGACAACCGACCAGAACCAUGUCAUUUUGCCAUUGUUAUUGGCAUGGAUCAGGAGCGUGGAAUAGUGAGGCUGGCUGAUGUGAAUGUGAAAAAAUACCGUAAGACUUGGCAUCUACCGGUAACACGGCUCUAUUCCGCUGUUAUUGGUUACGGCUACAUUGUGGCAGCCAAAUCACGGAAAACCAUUGAAAAACUUAACGCAACGGGGUUUGAACAAUCCAUUCUGAGUGAGGCUCGUUAUGCGCUUCCACCGACGCAGCGAUUAUUGCGGUUUGAAUACCCGAAAAAAAAUUAUGUUGUUACGAUCCUCGCGGAUGCGUUUGCUCGUCUGGGAUUUAAAGCGGAUGUGGAGAGUGUUGUAAAUUUCAGUGGAUUUCAUCUUUCGUUUAUGCUUUCAGAGCACUUGCCUUUAGAGAACGCGGCUACCGUGGCACGCAAUUACUCUCACACGCAUGCAGAGGAUGGUGUAAGUGUUGCUACAAGACACAUGGACAAGGGUGCAACAGGUUCCACCUUACAAGGCCUUCUUCAACAAAUUCGAUUUGCCUUACAAUUUCCAGAGUCACGUUGUCUAAUUGUGAAUUUUCAGACUUCCAUCAUACAUGCCAAUAAGGCGGUGUGGAACGGCAGCAACGGCGGAUCUUAUGCGAUUGUGCUUCACUUUGAUGAAUCCAGUUCUCUUGUGACACUCAGUGAUUCGAAUCAUGAAUCUUUUUACAGAACCUGGGUGUGCCCAUUGGACGUUCUAUUUGAUGCUGUAUCCGCUGUAGAUUCGAUCGCCCUGCGUGCUAGAGGUACUCUUAUGCUUACGACCACAUCACAGCGCGAUAUGUAUCUUGAUUGCUACGGCUAUGAUAUGCGUCAUUCAAUUGUGCAUCAUCCCUUCAAACCGAGCGUGUGGCCUGCGUUUCACUGUCUUGCCCUUGUCGCAUCCGAGAUGAGCCGUGGGGAUUCAACGACGGGUCAGUCUGUACAAUUUUCAGCGGAGGAUUUUCUUUACUCGCUUUCAUCUUUUUCCGUCCACAACGUGCUUAGAAACGAAUUGGAAAGUGAACACAUUGCUGCGCUCGCCAACACGGCCUUUGAACGGCUGGAGAUUCCCCUUGAAGCCAAUGCUGUGGAUGUCACGAUUUCAGGAUCUUUUAUAAAAGCUUGCUGCGACGAGACGGUUAAUGGGAAACCGGUCACAAUGACGCUCCUGGGGUAUGACACACGGCCGAUUCAUCGAGUGGCGGGGUUUUCUGUUGCUGCCAUCAAUCGCGUGCGCGGAACCGAAAAGGAGGGGUUCGUGCAAUUGGUGGAGGGUAAUGGCUGCACCUUUGGAUCUGUCUGGGAGCGUCCAGCGCAAGAACUGCAGUUUGCGGUGACAGCAAUGGUGAGGAUUAGGCGGCGUUGA